AAAAAAAAAGAAAUAAAGAAACAAAAGGGGAGCCGGGUCUCACAUCGCCAAACACGAUUAGAAUCCUGGUCCUGAAGGCUUGAAAAACACACUGGGAAGGAGGAAUGGGGUAAAAACAACUGUCAUGACUAUACUCCAUUGGGGGGGAUGCUCUUUCCAUUCUGUCUCCCUCUCUGGAGAGCGCAUGUGCCCUCCGGCAACUUUUGCCAGACUCAGGUACCGACAGCAUCGUUCUAAGCAACGGCAGUGUUCCGAGCUGUGAGGGCCUCCGUCUGCAUGCGUGUUUCCCGUCAGGCUCGGUGCCCACUCCCUACUCUGUCCCUAUAUAACCGGACGAGUCCCGACUACCUCUCUGCAGUCGUCUCAUCACAAGCACCAUCUGAGGCCAUAUACUUUCAAACAGUACUGUGUCAGGUGCUCCGUAUAAUUUCUUUCUUUAAAUUAACCAUCGAUUAAUGACCAACAUAGAAAUAUUAAAACAAGUGCAGAGCAAUACAAGGGAAAGCAGUUAAACAGCUGCAGUCAUUGCAAUGGUUGAUCUGUAGGCAGAACCGUUUCCUAGUGUCAGUGUGGGGAGUCCUUACGCCGUGCUGUUGCCUGGGGACCCCGUGAAUGAGUUUAGCUCUCGUAGCAGCAGCAGGGCGCAGGCUUCCUCCCAGUUCAGCACAGUGGAUCUAGGUUCCUGUCACAUGCAUCUGCCUCCUGGUGACCACCUCUUGUGAGCCAGCUCGACACGGGCUGUGCAGUGACUCCAGGGAACACGGUCCAGCUUGCUCUUCGUCAUGGGAAACUGCUUGAGGAACGCCUGAACACCACACAAAGGACACCCCACAGAUCCCCCUCACUGUCCCCACCCCUGGCGAGGUUCCCGAACACCUCCAGACUUGCAGUCCACCAAAAGAGAGAGGGAGACCCAGACAGAAAGACACCAAAACAAUUAAAAUCAUAAUACCUAGAAAGUAAACAUCGUGAUCAGAAAAGAGGAAGACUACUAAGGAAGCAACCUUUUCCUUUGUCCUAGAUCUCAAAAGAAAUCUCCCACGGGGGCACUUUAGGAAAGAUACAGCCAAGAGGCUCCUUCCACAACACUCCCAGGCAGGCGUGAGUGAUGGGAGCCAACUGACCCCCGCUGUGGGUAAGAGCACAGGGCGUGACGUCACGGUGGUGUAGCUUCACUCACAUGCAGUCAACGUGAGCCGCAGACCUGGGCGGCACAGGCCUGCCCUCACAGCGGCGUUUCCAGGAGCCUACACCCGCACUUGCCCAGUUAAGCUCUGAUGGAAGCCUGGAAGCAGAAAACUCUCAACCUCGCCUUGGGCUCCGCUGAGCCCUACGCACUCCCGGGCAUCCUGUUUCUGCAGGAGCCUCCUGCUGCAGCCUCAUCCCAGGUAUGGCUGGCUGACCUCCGCGUUAGGGCUCCUGCCUGCAGGGGGGCUUCCCACCCGCCCGCGAGACUUCACGGUGGGCUGGAAGAUCCCUUUCUCCCUGCAGGGACCUCAGGUUGAGCGCGUAUGGAACCGGGCCUCUCGUGUGGGCGUAGUGGAAGGACCGCCACGGCAGCGUCCGGCAUUGGGCGAGGACCCCUUUCACCUGCAGCGUCCCCUCUUCCUGAAAUCACGUAGCAACAUCGCUCUCGUUCGCCUGACGUCCAGCCGGCCACCUGGAGCUCGGAGGCUCGCAGGGAAAGCAGCGCCUCUCAGGGACCUGCCGCACCUGGCGCCCCAGAGACACCGACACCCUAGUUCACCUUCGCAGCCCGCUUAACGCGCGGACCCCAGGGCGCAGCCGAGCGGGCAGGCAGCGACCCCUCGGCGCCGCUAUUCCAGAAUAAGGAAUUGUGGUGCUUGGAAUAAACAGAGCUUAUGGCAAAAAUUCACUCAGUAAAAAUCUUAUAAAAAUGCUAUCCAAAGCUGUGGAUGCUUUAAAAUCGGAUAAGAAAGUGCGGACUGUGAUCAUCAGGAGCGAAGUCCCAGGGGUAUUCUGUGCUGGUGCUGACCUUAAGGAAAGAGCCAAAAUGAACUCCAGUGAGAUUGGUCCUUUCGUGUCCAGAAUAAGAGCCACGAUUAAUGACAUUGCCAACCUUCCAGUGCCAACCAUUGCAGCAAUUGAUGGACUCGCUUUGGGUGGUGGCCUCGAACUGGCUCUGGCCUGUGAUAUCCGUGUAGCAGCUUCCUCCGCAAAAAUGGGCCUGGUGGAAACAAAGCUGGCGAUCAUCCCUGGUGGAGGGGGCACGCAGCGGCUGCCACGUGCCAUCGGCAUGUCCCUGGCUAAGGAGCUCAUCUUCUCGGCACGCGUGCUCGAUGGCCAGGAAGCCAAAGCGGUGGGCUUGGUCAGCCACGUCCUGGAGCAGAACCAGGAGGGGGACGCCGCCUACAGGAAGGCUCUGGAGCUGGCCCGGGAGUUCUUGCCACAGGGACCUGUUGCAGUGAGAGUGGCAAAAUUAGCAAUUAAUCAAGGGAUGGAGGUGGAUUUGGUGACAGGGUUAGCCAUAGAAGAGGCUUGCUACGCUCAGUGUCGGUCCUGAGACACAGCGUUGAGGGAGAACUGACUCAUCAGAGCCAGAGCCAAAGACCUGCGGAGCCGGUAGGGGCCUGGUACCACGGCGCUUCCAGACACCCCCAGAGGGUGGCCGACCCCCGAUCUGGGAAAGGCCAGACCUGCUCACGGAGGAGGAACGAAAGCAGUACGGCCGGCCCGGCUUGGACCUCCGAGGGGAGGGGCUUGGGGGGCAGGCGGAGGCGGAAGCGGACACUGUUGUCCCUCCUUACCACCGUCUGGUUUCGGUGACACGGCCCUUUCUCCUCUUACCAGAGCACCAUUAAAUGGCCUUCCUGUGUGGCCAGGCAAGACCUCUGAGAAGGGGACAUGCCUGGUGCCUGGGGGAGGGACACAGCUACGAAGUGGGUGAGAAAUUGCUGUGGAACGGCUUCUGCGGUGGUAUCCAGGCUCUCGGUAUUUCGGACAAAGAGCUGGGCAGAGCCCGCCAAUAGCGGAAGGGCCGUUUAUGAAGUAAAAACCCAAGGACGUUCCCCGGAAGUAGGAGUGGGCUGGAGUGGACGAGGAAGAGUGGCCCAAAGCCCCGGCAGUUAGGUUUUGUGGGGCUCAUCGUUUCCAGUCGCGGUGGUGUCAGGUGGCUGGCUGCGCCCUCUGACUGCUCUCAUCUCGGCGGUGCUCAUCCGUGGCUCAGCCACUGGUGUAGGCCGUGGGCUCUCAGGUGGGGCUUAGUGGGUGAGGAUCCCCCGGCAGUCUGCCUGCGUUACCUUGGGCGGGGUCGUUUCUGCGCUGAUUGGUUCUUCAUCUAGCCACAGAGGCAGCUGCUCUAGCCCCCUCUCCUGCUUCCAUUUCCUACCUUUUUGUUCCUCCCGCAUUACAAAAUUCACUGGAAAAGGAAGAUCGCUGUCAUGCUCGCGAGUAACCUGAGACAGCCUUGGGUCGUUCAUUUCACAACAAGGCUGCCUUCUGAGGUGCCCAGGCCUGCCUCUGGUGGGCGGGAGACGGGUGUGCGCCUGGGGGUUGUCGGCUGGGGGCGCCGGCUGUGCAUCGCCACAGCACAGUUCGAGUACAGCCCCGGACCCUGGCACCCUGCAUAACCACUGUCUGACUCUUCGUUUCCACGCUCCCCACACUGACCUGAUUGUUCUCGAGAAGCACAUAGGCUUGUUUUCAAAGCCCUGAAACGCAUCUCUUAAUUUCGGAAAUUAAUCGAAAUUCUAAGAUUCUUCUGAGAGGCAA